CAAACACAGUUCCUUCCUCAUCAAACCCAUCUCCAUCUCUCCACACACACACACACACACAAAAAAACCCUAAACCCUAAAAUACAAGCUAGAAAGAGCACUCUCCUCCUCCCAUAAAAAUCGUUAGGAUUCCAUCAUAUCAUCGAUCAUGGCCGGACAGUACUUCAGAAACAGGAACAAAUACUACAACUCAUACUACUGGGAAUUUCUCUCCAACUUGUUGGCCAUGCCACUCCACUUCUUCUUCUUCAUCUCGAUACUCCUCUCCGUCGUCGUUUUCACGUGGUACGUCAACUACGAGUCAGCUUUUGAGGAAACGGUGAACCAGGUGAAGCUGUUCUUCAUGCUCUCCCCGCUCAUUCUGCUCCUCCUCCUUCACUUCCUGUCGCCGUCGACGACCUCCGACGCCAACAGCAGAAACAAGGGCUGGUUCGGCCGGUUCUUCGUCCCCUACAUGCCGGAGAGGGAUUCCCUCCACCGUGCCGGCGGGUCGCCGUGGGGGGUGGCGCUGUUGCUUGUCUUCCUUCUCUUGAUGAUCUCUCACCAGUCUUCUCUCCAUGAACGCUGGUUCCCUUUGGUCACCAGAUGCUCUUGAGUAAUGCAUGAUAGAUGGAGGCCGAAUCUCUGCUUUUUCUUUAGCGAGGAGACAUUGAGAGAGGAUACAUAUAUGUAUGGCAAGUAUACAUACGGAGCCCAACGCAAAUAAAGUGAAUGGCAAUGUUAUGCAUCUAUACGUAACACAAAAGUUGAACUGUAAAGCGUCAUGUGCAUCUAUCACGGAAGUCGUUUUGUUGGAUGUAAUUUGGAGUAUGGAAUUCGUACGUACUAGCAUGUAAUCAAAGAAUUUCAUCGUUCCUUUAGUCGAGUGCAAAUACAAUCACAAAUGAAAUCAAAGUUGUAUU